AUGUCAUCAUAUAUUUACAUCCCUAUCAAAAACUCUGAUAAGCAUGUAAAAGUGUCAACAGAGAAUCUACCUCACGUUCAAGAUGUAUUACAAAUAUUAAAAGGUGAAAUUGCACCUUUAGAUAUUUGGUUAAAGAUAUCUGUUGAAUAUUAUAAACAAGAUAUGAUCAAUGAAUUCAUAGAGAUUUUAAAUCAGGUGUUGGAACCAGAGGUAGAGAAGUUGUACAGCGAUUCGAAAUUAGGACGUAUCGCUAUGUUGAAUUCGUUGGCGUCGUACUACACACAGGCAGGUUCACAAGAGCGUGACAAGAUACGUCGUGACGACUACUUCAACAAAGCGACAUUCCACUUUAACAAAGCACAAAAGAUCGAUUCACACAUCUCUCUUACCUGGGUAGGAAUUGCAGUUCUACUUCUCUCGCGUGGUGACAUGGAACAUGCCGAAACUCAUUUUCUCAACGUACUGAACCUAGCUUCUAAAGAUCCACAAUCCAUCUUCCUUCCUGUAUUACCUGCACAACUAGGUCAAGGAUUGCUGGCUGAAGCCGAACAGAUCUAUUUGGAGGUGAUUCAAGACUCUGGAUUCACACUGGAAGACUACAAGUCUGUGAAUAUCACAACGACCUACAACCUCGGAAGAUUGUACGAGUCGAUGAAUAACUUUAGUCGCGCACGUGACUUGUACGUUGGAAUAUUGGGUGAGCAUCCAAACUACUUGGAUUGCUACAUGCGUAUCGCUUCGGUGUGUCGUGCCGAGGGCAACGACUUUGAGGCGAUCGAGUGGAUCAAGGAGGCACUGAACGUCGACCCGAACAACGCCGAGGCGUGGUCGCUCUACGGAAGUUUGCAUCUCUCGAAGGAACAGUGGAAUUUCGCACAACGAAAAUUCGAGCAGAUCAUCGAUCUCAGCAAGACCGACCCAUACGCCAGUUUGGCACUCGGUAACCUCUACUUCCAAGCAAAGAACCAGAAUCCCGAACGUUACGACAAAUACCUCACUCUCGCCGAGACAUACUACACCAAAACACUCAGAAACAAUCCAAACAAUAUAUAUGCAGCCAACGGACUUGGUAUGGUUGCAUUCGAGAAGGGUAACCUCCAUUUGGCAACAGAGAUAUUCGUCCAACUCCGAGAGGCUGCAAUCGAUGUACAAUCUGUAUCACUAAAUCUCGCACACGUCUACAUGGAAAAGAAACUGUUUGAUUUUGCAAUUAGAUUAUAUGAAGGAUGUCUAAAGAAAUGUAGUGAUGCAAAGGAAUUAGAGUUGAUCUAUCUAUAUCUUUCAAAGGCGUUGUUUGAAGCUCAGAGAUACUCGGAAUGUAAACAGAUUUUGAAGAAAGCCAUUCAUAUUUCACCAGCCAAUAUGGUGUUGUGGUUCAACUUGGCGCUGACCAUCGAGAAGUACGCUGCUAUGUUUAUUCACACUGCAAAGAAGACACUGUUUGACUAUAGCAACUUGCAAAAGGAGACUGCAUAUGCACGUCAUCUGCUGAUGAGUAUCAGUAACUCAAAGAAUACAAAGCUAGGUUUUGAUGUGAAAAAGUGUAAGACUCACUUGCAAUCGCUUGACGAAUUGCAAAAGAAGAUCGGUGACGAAGUCAAGAAUCUCGAGAUCAUCGAACUGGAGAAUAGCAAGAAGCGUGAGAUCGCUCUACAGGAAUCAAUCAAGAAGGCAGAGGAACGUGAACGUGAAGAACACGAAAGAAAGGCUGCUCUACAAGCCAAACUCGAGGAGGAAGAGAGAUUGGCAGCCAAGCAAGCCAAAGAAUUCUCUGAUCUUCUCAAGAGUAAAGAAGAAGAGAAAUCAGAUGAUGAACAACCUGUUUCAUCAAGAAAGAAUAAAAAGAAUAAAGAUCGUAAUGCCUCAGAUGAAGAAGAUGAACCAAGAGAGAAAAGAAAAGAUAAGAAACGAAAGGAUAAAGAUAGAAAAGAGAAAAAGAAAGAUAAGGAAAGAAAGAAGAAGAAGAGAAAGGGUAAAGAUGGUGACGAGGAACAACAAGAAGAAGAUCAAGAACAACAAGAACAAGAGGAACAAGAUCAAGAACAAGAAAAAGAAAAAGAAAAAGAACCACAACCAGAAGCUGAAGACGAAGAAUAUAACAACUUAUUUGGCAGUGAUGAAGAUGAAAAUUAA